AUGGUAGGUGGAUUUGUAAAUCCAUCUUUACCGCGAAAGACUACGACGGUCGAAUUGGUCAACGGAAACCUGGUACUGGACUGUCCUGUACCUGCACGUCUUCUGGAAGCAAGUGCACGCAAGGACAAAGAGUUUAGCCAGAUGCGCUACACUGCUGUCACAUGUGAUCCAGAUGCAUUUGCAACAAGUGGAUACACACUACGUCCUCAGUGUAUGCAAAGACAGACAGAGCUAUUUAUCGUAAUGACAAUGUACAACGAAGACGAGGUCUUGUUCUGUCGGACAAUGCAUGGUGUGAUGAAGAAUAUUGCCCACCUUUGCUCUCGCUCUCGUUCACGCGUAUGGAACGCAGAAGGAUGGAAAAAGGUAGUAGUGUGUAUUGUAGCAGACGGGCGCCAGAAAUGCGAUCCUCGUGUCUUGGAUGUGCUGACAACAAUGGGAAUAUAUCAAAAAGGUGUGGCCAAAAAUAUGGUUAAUGACAAGCCUGUUCAAGCGCAUCUGUACGAAUACACCACACAGCUAUCUAUAGACUCAGACAUGAAAAUCAAGGGCGCUGAAAAAGGAAUUGUGCCGGUCCAAACCCUUUUUUGCCUCAAAGAACAAAACGCAAAGAAGAUCAAUUCUCAUCGGUGGUUUUUCAAUGCAUUUGGGACAGUCUUGAACCCCAAUAUUUGUGUUCUGUUGGAUGUUGGAACUAGACCCGGGAACACAUCAAUCUAUCACCUCUGGAAGGCAUUUGCUACUAAUGAAAAUGUCGGGGGUGCAUGCGGCGAAAUCUGUGUGAUGAAAGGAACUGCUUGUUUGGAUCUAUUAAACCCCUUGGUUGCAGCCCAGAACUUUGAGUACAAAAUGUCAAAUAUUCUUGAUAAACCACUUGAAAGUGUAUUUGGAUAUAUUUCCGUAUUGCCAGGCGCAUUUUCGGCGUAUCGAUAUGCAGCUUUGCAAAACGAUGCUUAUGGAAACGGUCCGUUACAGAAAUACUUUCUUGGUGAAGGGCAUGAGAAUAGUGGAGACUCGGAUAUAUUUACAGCCAAUAUGUACCUUGCUGAGGAUCGAAUCCUAUGCUUUGAACUGUUGGCUAAAAAACAUCAAAAAUGGGUGCUAAAGUAUGUGCAGAGUGCGUUUGGUGAGACUGACUGUCCAGACCAAUUACCAGAAUUCAUAUCCCAGAGGAGGCGUUGGUUGAAUGGCAGUUUUUUUGCUGCGGUAUACUCACUUUAUCACUUUCAACGUAUCUGGAGUACAAAUCAUACUAUGAGCCGAAAGCUUGCAUUAACAUUAGAAUUCAUAUUUAAUUUCAUAAGCUUGAUUUUUAGUUGGCUUGGCAUGGCCAACUUUUAUCUUACAUUUUACUUUGUAACUAAAUCCCUUACAAGUCCGGAGAUGGAUCCGUUUGGAGGUGGAUGGGGCAAUAUAAUGUUUCAACUCUUACGAGGACUCUAUAUGUUCUUACUUGUUGUUGCAUUCAUCUGCUCAAUGGGAAACAGACCUCAAGGAUCAAAAUGGAUGUUCAUUAUUUCUGUAAUGGCAUAUAGUCUCAUAAUGACUUAUAUUCUCUUUGCAGGUGGCUGGAUGUCAUACCAGAGCAUUCGACAUGGUACAGAGUCAGAAGAAUGGAACAAGGAAGGUGCAAUGGGAAACAUUUUAAUCAUGAUGCGACAAUCCAACUUCUGUAAUGUGGUUGUGUCUUUGGCAUCGACAUAUGGCCUCUAUGUAAUAUCUAGUCUGCUAUAUAUGGAUCCGUGGCAUAUGUUUUCUAGUUUCUUGCAGUAUUUGUUACUGCUGCCAACAUAUAUCAACAUCUUGAAUGUCUAUGCAUUUUGUAAUACUCAUGAUGUCAGCUGGGGAACUAAAGGAGAUAAUACGCUACAAAUGGAUUUGGGUGUAGCUCACACAUCGACCAACGAAAAAGGUAUCGAGGCUGUAGAAAUGGAGCUAUCCUACAGCCCAGAUACAGUAAAUGCAUACUACGAAAACGCCUUGAUAAAUUUACAGCAGAAACCAGAAAUAAUACGAGAGAGUCGACCGCCAAAAACAAAGCAAGAUGAUUAUUACAAAGGGUUCAGAACACGCCUAGUGCUUACCUGGAUAGGAUGCAAUGCAUUACUUGUUGCAUUAAUAACAAGCGGAAGCCUUCAAUCUUUGUUGCCGUCUUAUAAUGUUGAUACUGCUAAAGCAUACGAAGAAGCAGUCGGGAUUUCUUACACUGGGUUUAUCCUCUGGGCUGUAGCCGCCAUUGGUGCAUUUAGGUUCAUAGGAAGUCUAUUAUACCUCAUAUUGCGUUGCUUUCGCUUAUAA